AUGUCAAGAUUUCUGUUAGGAGAUGAAAUCGGAAACAUAAAAAUCCUUUGCUAUAAUCCCGAAUCCACUGAAGAAUCUAAAUGUACUAUUUCAAAGCUCUAUCAACCCGCAGUGGUCGCUGGACCUAGCAUCGGUGUCCAAAAACUUGCAACUUCGUCCCAAGGUGAAGGGUAUGCAAAAUCCACUGUGAAUUGUGUGCUAAACCAAGUGUCACAAGCAAAGCUUGCAGCAGCCUUUUCCGAUGGAACUUGUUUUGCAUCCAGUCUAAAGGACGAUGAUAGCCUUGAGACGCUCCUCGAAUGGAAGGAACCCCGAAUCGUUGCCAAUAAAUUUGUGGGAAUGUCUAUAUUGGACAGCUCAGUAUACACUUGCACUUCUAAUGGAAUGCUGCGAAGAACACCUUUUUCGUUGGACGGGGAAGCGAUAGAAAACUCGCAACCACAGACUGGAAUUUUACCUAGUCGAUUGCGUGAUUGGAGGUUAUCUGCAGAUGGCACAACGUUUGCAUAUGGAGGCGACGAAGUUGAUCUCUCCGUUUGGAAUACCGAGCUCGCACUUUCAACACAACCUGUACCUGCCAAACCUGUCGACGGUACAAAAAAGCGGAAACGUAACGAUGAUUUUUUUCCGUCAGAGAUUUGGAGAGCUCGAAACGUACCGAACGACAGUCUCAGCCUUCGUCAACCCAUUCGAAUUACAGCCUUGACAUACCUAUCCUCCUCAACAAACGGUCAUCAUAUUGUAACUGGUACGCAGUUUGGCGAUGUUCGACGAUAUGAUACGAGAGCUGCGCGUCGACCCGUUUCUAUCUGGACUGGUAUUGCAAAAGUCAACGGUGUGAAAACGUUGGAGAAGGGAUUCUCAGAAAAUGAAUUAUUUAUGAGCGACAAUGGUUCCAACCUGUCCUCAGUAGAUCUCCGUACUGGAGGAAUUCUUUACACUUACAAAGGAAUAUCGGGCGCCAUUUCGUCAAUUGCACAGACUCCAGAUGUAGUGGUGUCAACGUCAUUGGACAGAUACGCUCGCGUCCACAGUGUCGUUUCUCCUCCCCCUGUGGCCAGGGCACACCAGGAAAAGAAAGGCCAAGUCCUUGAAAAAGUAUAUGUUACAUCUAUCCCAACGGUAGUUGUAUGGGACAAACAGAUAUCUGCCAAGGCUGAAAUAGAGGAAACAAACGAAGAUGAUGAUGAGGUUUGGGACACUAUGGAACAUAUUUCAUGA